CCGCCCGUCAUUAAUGACAGCCACGACAGCCAAGGCGUUUCACUGCAACACGCUGCAACGAGAGAAAGGCAGAGGAUUAAUACCUGAACCGAGAAUAAAGCCGAGGAUCACCUUGUUGCACUAUGGGAGUGUCCUCCUCUAGUCUUCUGGAUGAAAGUAGAUCCAACUACAUAAAAGGCCGAACCGAGGCGGAGCUGAAGAACUUCAGUCCGCAUUACCGGCGGCAGUACUCAGUGGCCUUCUUCUCCCAGCUGCAGGAGGAAGUGGAGCAACACCGGACGGGCCAUACACAGCUCCUCAAACAGAGGGAGGCACCAGAUGAUGCCAAGAUCCUGUAUGAGGGGAGUGUUCUGCAUUUCGAUGACAGCAAGAAGUGGAAGGAGAGGUUUGUGGUGGUGAGAGCCAGCUACAGCCUGGAGUGCCAUGACAGCAAUGAGACCUUCCUGAAAGGAGCCCCCCCGCGACUGAGGCUCCUGCCAGCAGGGGGCAGUGUGCUGAUGUCGGAAGAGCAGUACAUGGCUGCGGUGGACAAGGCAUUCCCGGAUCCUAAUGGUGUGAGAGAGGACUCGGCCCAGCCCCUGGUGGUCAUGCCCGCAGAGUUCCCUGUCUACCUGCACCUACCCUACCACAGGGACGCCUAUUUCUGCUUCCGCCAGGAGGAGCCCCGGGCCCACUUCACCUCCAUCCUGACUGACUGCAUCCGGCACCAGAACCACGACGCCCUGAAGAAGGCAACCUGUGACGUGCAGGCCUUCCUGAAAGCCAUCCAGUCCUACAGGCAAGAGAAGGGCCACUAUGAGUCAUGGGACAUGCUGAUUGGGAGUGAGGUGCAGGUGCUGGCUAACCUCGUGAUGGAGGAGCUGCUACCUUCUCUGCAAACAGAGCUGCUGCCGCGUCUCAAAGGGAAGAAGGCCGAGAGGAAGAGAGUGUGGUUUGCGACGGUGGAGGCGGCCUACGCACUCGUCCAGGAUCAGCUCCAGGAGGGGUUGGCAGCGCUGAAGGAGGAGUGCAGGGCGUCGGCCAGGCAGCAGGAGGGGCUGAUCCGCUCCGACAUGGACCAGAUCAUCAGCUCCAGGGCAUUCCUGGAGGGCAAGCUGCAGGCGGCCGUGUCAGAGCCAGCGCUGAAGUUCUGCGUGGAGCACGUGCAGCCGUACCUGACCUCCAUCCUGGAGGAGCUGAUGGGCCCGGUGAGUGCCGGCUUCCAGGACGUGCGUGCGCUCUGUGAGGGCCGCAUGGACGGGCUGUGCCGGGACCUGCAGGAGAACAGUGACCCAGAGAGGCUCAGACAGGCCCUGGAGCAGCUGCAGCAGACGCGAGUGCAGGAUUGCUACCAUCGCGUGGACGUGCUGCGCGAGCAGCUGCACGAGCUCCGCAACCGCUUCAAGUUCUCCAACGCUGACCGUCUGGUCCAGACCACCCAGAUUGACAUGCAGAGGCUGAUGGAUAAUGCAGUGUACACGUUUGAGCUGCUGCUCCAGACAGCGCUGAAGGACAACACCAAGCCAGGCACUGCCAUUGAGAAGGCCAAACACAGGGUCCUGAAGCAAUACGACUACGACAGCAGCACGGUCAGGAAGAAGAUCUUCCAGGAGGCUCUGGUAGACAUCACCCUCCCUGCCAUCAAGAGGAACCUGGCCCCCAGCUGCAAGCUGGAACUACAAAAGUUUGAACAGUAUAUCUUUGCUGAUUACACAAAUUUCAUACAAGUGGAAAAUGUCUAUGAAGACAUCUUGUUGAACAUACUAUCCACUGAAGUCAGCAAAGUGGUGAAAGAGGCAGCCAACCUGAAGAAGCACAAUCUGUUUGUGGACAGCACAGACCUGUACAGUGUGAGCCAGGCCAGCCUGAGUGACAGCCGCACCCCACCCAGAUCCGCCCCCUCCAGCCCAGCCAAAGUCCCGCCCAUCCCAGCGCAGGAGCGCACGCCCCUGCUCCAGGGCAAUGGUCUGGUGGAGAGCCAGGUGCAGCAGGACACACCCACUGCGGGGACGGAUGCCUCAGACACCGCCCCACAGAGCUCCAAAGCCCCUUCGCCUGGCGACACAGGCACUGUUGCUGCAGAUGACCCGGCAGAGUGCAGCCUUGUGGCCUCCCGUCUCAGCGACGCCCCACCUGUGGUUGCCGUUGUCACAGAUGGUGCUCCAGCUGCUGUGGCACCCCUUGAUGGACAGCAGGCGACAGACAGAGCAGUCUACUUAAACCCCGCUACCGAGGAGCAAGAGAGAGGGAUAAUCCCUCCUGACUGUCCCACUGAGGGAGAAGAAAGGGGUGAAGUCUGUUUAGCCUCCCCCGUGAUGGUGAAAGAGAGUGGUUCAGUCCAACUUGACUGCCCUCCUGAGGUGAAAGGGAGUGGUACAGUCCACAUUGACUCUCCUGCUGAGGUAGAAGACAGUGAUAAAGUCCCUCUGGACUCCGCUAUGGAUGGUAAAGACAGCAGUGUGGUCCAUAACAACUCUUCUACUGCAGAGGUCAAAGGGUCUGGUGUUGACUUUGAGGAGGAUGUUAAAGAGGGGGGGAUUGCUUCCCCCUGCACCACACAUCCCAAAAUCGCAGAAGAAGCUGGGCCUUCCUCCCUUUGCCCUGACCCUCCAGUGACCGCUGACUCCACAACAUCCGACACCGCAAAUAAGGUUGAAGAGUCACCUGUUUUUCAGGGUGCCGCUGAGAGCCCAGUAGGUGGCACCACUGGCCAGCGCUCUGAGCUUUCCUGUGGAGGGAGUCCCUCUGGACAGGACUGUACCACCGAGGUGACAGAGUGCAGGGGGGAAGAGCCACCAGCAUUAGACAGCGUGAGGGAGAUCCGGGAUCUGGUAGUGGAGAUUAUCGAAGUGGAGGAUCUGGUACAGGGCAGUCCCGAAAGCGACACAGCCUGAGCAGGGGGGUGGGGGGACAAGUGACACAAAAACACACACAAUACACAGCACUGUAUAGGGAUGUCUGAGUGCUCACAUCCCAAUCAACAGAAACUGAACACCGAAGACCAAGUGAGCAGUCCAGAAGGUGCUGGAAGACUACCAACACAGCUCGCAUGAGGCCUGCAGUCGAACAGAACUAAAAUAUUGCUAAACCAAAACACCAAUUCAACUAAUACUAACACAAAACUUUAACAGUAUUUCGCUGCCAUUUUUUAUUUUAGAUUAAAUGACUUUUUUUUUUUAUAAACAUAUUAUUUUAAUGAAUGAUUUCAUUUUGACUUGCUUGUGCCUGUAAGUAGUGUUUCAUGUGAGCAGUGUUACUGCUGCCGUAGGCGUGUAGUCGAAGGACCAGUUAUUAACCUAUAGUCAUGUUGUACAUAUUGAUUCUGGUAAGGACUCCUCACGCACACUUAUGUUAUGACUUACUUACUGAAAGGAACCACAGUAAGUCUCAAUCGUCUGCAAGACUUCAAAGAGUGUUUAUCUGUCAAUCAUAGUACCAUACCAUAGACAAAAGAGGCUCUUGUGUGUUAAGGCCUCUUGCCUCCAGGGUGAUUGCCUGGGGCUUCAUGUCCUAAUGGCUGAUUGGCUGAAGCCUCCCCCAAUCACAUAGCUUUUGAAUGUUCUUCACCAUAUUCUUAUCAAAACUAGUCAAUUUUCCCCAUAGAACAAGCAUAACUUGUGAAAUUACAU